UACUGCAUCUAACAAUGAGGCGCCUCCUGCUAUUACUCUGCGCUGCCUCGCUCCAACAAAAGAGAGAAAAACAAACAGAAUCUCCCUAGUUAUUCGUUCACAUCCUCUGUGUUGCGUUGUAAGUUUCUCUCUCUCUCUCUCUCUCACACACAACUUCAGCUUCAGAUAAGGUUCAGGGAAACCAAACAGGGAGCUUUGCAAACACUGUGCUGCCGUCUGCAAACAGGUGUUUCCAUCCUUUACUGUAGCUGCGCGCUGAGCUUCAUUCACGACUGUGCGCCUGCCUGAGCACCAUGUGCGCGGCCAUGUAGUGUGGUGGGAUGAUGCAGAAGCGCUUCCAGAGACUGGCUUUGUGCGUAUUGGUUGUGAUGCCGACAAAAUGAUACAUGUGGAGGAACAUGCAGCGUGCCUUGGUGGAAGUCUUUCUGCAGCUUCACGGUGGAACGUGUGGUUUUUUAAUUUUUGGUUAAGUUUCACUUUUGUCUCGGAGCUACAACGGACCAUUCCCGAAUAACGCCCAAAUUCCUGAAAAAUAUGAUUCAUGUGGACAUUAUCCAACUUAUUUUUCCAAACUGUUGGGACUAUUUUAUUGUCUACUCCUCAUUGUCCACCUGAACAAAUUGUUGUGAUAUCACGACUCGUUGUAGUUGCCUUUUCGUUACCUCCGCGCUCGGACAUUGUCCUUCUGAAUCCACUUCUCUGGAUUCAAAGGGUGGUAUUGUUUCAUCGUUAACUCUGGAAGUUAUUUCCAGAGCGCUGUCAAACUGGCCAUGGCUGCAGCGAUAGCCAGCUCCCUCAUACGGCAGAAAAGGCAGGCGAGGGAGCGGGAGAAGACUAAUGCCUGCCGCUGCGUCAGCAGCCCCAGUAAAACCAAAGGAACCUGUGAAAAACCAAGCCGACUUAACGUUUUCUCCCGGGUCAAACUCUUUGGCUCCAAGAAGAGGAGAAGGAGACGACCAGAGCCCCAGUUGAAGGGGAUAGUGACGAAGCUGUACAGUCGACAAGGUUUCCACCUGCAGCUGCAGGCAGAUGGAACCAUUGACGGAACGAAGGAGGAGGACAAUGGUUACACCGUGUUCAACCUUAUUCCAGUGGGGCUGCGAGUGGUGGCCAUCCAGGGGGUGCAGACCAAACUAUAUCUGGCUAUGAACAGUGAGGGCUUCCUGUAUACAUCAGAACACUUUACACCGGAGUGCAAAUUCAAGGAGUCAGUGUUCGAGAACUAUUAUGUGACAUACUCCUCCAUGAUAUACCGACAGCAGCAGUCGGGCAGGGGCUGGUACCUUGGUCUGAACAAAGAAGGAGAAAUCAUGAAGGGUAACCAUGUGAAGAAGAACAAACCAGCAGCCCACUUCCUUCCCAAACCUCUUAAAGUUGCAAUGUACAGAGAGCCAUCCCUCCAUGACUUGACAGAGUUCUCCCGCUCCGGCAGCGGCACGCCAACCAAGAGUCGGAGCGCCUCAGCUGUGCUUAACGGAGGCAAAGCUGUGAGCCAGAAUGAGUCGACGUAGCCCGGUAGCCCAAACCAGGCCUGGGGCCGAACCACGAAAACCUUACCUCCAGCAGAGCGUGAAUCCAAGAAGACUUCUUUCACCGAUCAGCGGUUCAGGACUAGCUACAACAAAGCAUUUGCAUACACCCUGACACCAUUAAUAACCAACAUCUAGGAACCAUCUAUACAUUAUUCUUCAUCAUCUAUAGUUAGAUACUUAAUGGAACAUAAACCAUUCUGGACUAAAAAGUUGUUAAAAUCUUUCUUUUGGGCUUGAGAUUUAUAUAUUAUCUUAAUCACUCUCUUAAAUUGAUGAUUACAUACCAGUUAGCACAUCUUUAUCUUCUUUUCUUAAUUUCUUGUGGAUACUAUCAUUUCUUAGGUCAUGUAGACACCAAGCAUUCGUCCAUUUGUCAGACAGGGACAGAAAGUUAGACGUAAGCAUUCAGGGCAGCCAGUAAUGGUGCUGGUCUACGAGGCUACAGUGGUACAGCGUAAGCCCUGAUCUCUGUCUCAUCCGUGCUUCUGUGAAUACAAAGCCUAUAAACUCCCUGGUGUGGCAACGCCCAGUGCUGCUGGGACUGCGGCCAGCCAGACGGUAGCUCUACUGCGUCCUAGUGCACACGCUCAGAGACUGAGCUCUCUAGCAUGGGAAAAUGAAGCCUAUGUUCAGCUGACCUGAAAUAUAAGAAGGGGCAGUGUGGCUCUCGCAGUUUUUUCUUUCUUUUCAGAAAUGCCACAGCUGCACCUUGUUUUUUUUUUUUUUUUUGCUAAUUUUCUGAAUUAGCCGAGAGCUGUUUAUUUGACAAAUGGUUUAGUUUAUAUUUGUCCCCUCUUGUUGUCCUCCCUUAACCAUGGUUCAGUAUUUGUAUUAUGUUGCUUUCAUCAUUGAAAGGGGUUCCAGCAAACCAAAGACAGAACGAAAGAGUGUCCCUUUAAGCCGCUGAAAACCAAGCCAGUGUAAAGGCAAAGCUGGAAUUUUUUUUUUCACUGUACAUUUGUGGUAAAAGAAAGCAACGAUUUUUGGAAGAAAAAAGGAACAAUGGUCUAGGAAGUGAUUUUACACACUUGUUGGCAAGUUGGCAAAGUGAUUGACGUUGUGCUUUAUGCUGAUAUGCUCAAUGGCCAAGGUAUGAAACUAACUAAUAUGUCCCCAUUCCCUUCUGUAACCAAUGUGUCACAUGUCUUUUGUCCUCGUGAUCUGUUUCCUCCCUCCGUGCUUGUGUCAUACUUCAACCCCUCCCCCACGCCUUCCUUUUUCGUCAACCUUAAUUGACUGAUACAUUUCACCAUAGGAAUAUGGUGCAAGCCCCAUCCCAGGAUGCUUGUUAUGUGUUUGAGUAACUUAUUGUGGUGACAAUAUUUUCUAUAUAAAAAAAAAAUACUGUGGACUUUUAGGUGGCUUAACAUUUUAUAGGACACGUCAUAUUUGUAAACGUGAAGAAAAAAAAACAUACAAAAAUGAACAUCUUCCCUUUCUUUCACAGGGCAUGUACAAACACAAUUAUGUACAAAAAGGACCCCUUUUUGUGGGCUAGAUACUCUUCCCUUCAGCUACAUAACUUCUUUCUGGUACAUGCUUCUGGGAGGCUUUCUUUUUCUUGGUUUCCUCUGGAGGUUGUAUUAGGUGAACCUAUCUGUUGCAUGGGAGAGAGCAGGGAAAUUCCGGUCUAGAGCUGCAUGAUGUAGGCUAUGUGUAUAAACCCCAUGUUGGAUCAUGUGAUCCAAACUACCAGGCUUAAUCUGAUAGACAAACAUUUACAGGCACACAUUGGGGCUGUCUGAUAACUUCCAGUUGUUUAUUAUUUGUUGUAUACACAAAAAUGCACUGAAUAAAAUGUUUAUAUUAAGAUUUA